GAGGGAGGGGCGCGCUGACGCGCGGCUGCCGGCCAGGCCCCUGGGCGUCAGGCGGAGGCGGGGGCGGGGGAGCCGGGAAGGGGGCUGGCAGGCGCUCGGCUCCCAGCCGCGCUCGCUCGGGCCACUCGCGCUGCCGCGCCGCGCCCGGCCGGCUUCAUGUGAAGCGCUGGCCCUCCGCCCCCUCCCUCCCCUUCCUUCCCUCCCUCCCUCCCGUCCCCUCCUCCUCCUCCUCCUCCUCCUCCUCCCGCGCCGGCUCCGGCUCCCCGGGGCCCCCAGCCCGGCGGGGCGCUGACAGCUAGGGGCGGGGGUCCCUGCCGCCGCCGCGUCUUUCACAGGCUCCGGCUGGGGCUGCGGAGCCCCCAGUGUGGCCAUGGACCGGCCCCUGGUGGCGUCGGCGGAGGCGGAGGAGGAACUCGAGUGGCAAGUGGCGAGUCGCAGGAGGAAGGCCUGGGCCAAGUGCCGCGGCUCCUGGCAGGCGUCGGAGACAGAGGACCUGUCCACAGAGGCGACGACGCAGGACGAGGACGAGGACGAGGACGACCUCCCCGGAACGAAGCUGCCGGCGGCCGCGGGGAGAGGAAACGUGCCCAACGAGAAGAUCGCGAUAUGGCUCAAGGACUGCCGUACCCCAUUGGGAGCCUCACUGGAUGAACAAAGCAGUAGUACUCUCAAGGGUGUGCUUGUGAGAAAUGGGGGAAGUUUUGAAGAUGAUUUGUCAUUGGGAGCUGAAGCGAACCACCUUCAUGAAAUUGAUGCUCAAAUUGAUAAUUGCAGUAAUAUUUUGGCCAAAGAGAGAAGACUGCAGUUUCAUCAGAAAGGGAGGAGUAUGAAUUCCACUGGCUCUGGGAAAAGUAGUGGGACAGUCUCAAGUGUUUCAGAAUUGUUGGAACUUUAUGAGGAAGACCCUGAAGAAAUUCUUUAUAAUCUUGGAUUUGGACGAGAUGAACCAGAUAUUGCUUCCAAAAUUCCUUCCAGAUUUUUUAAUUCAUCAUCAUUUGCCAGAGGAAUAGAUAUUAAAGUAUUUCUGAGUGCACAAAUGCAACGGAUGGAAGUAGAAAAUCCAAAUUACGCUUUAACAAGCCGUUUUCGUCAAAUUGAAGUGCUUACUACUGUGGCCAACGCAUUUUCUUCUUUAUAUUCCCAAGUCUCUGGGACUCCCCUGCAGAGAAUUGGAAGUAUGUCCUCAGUGACCUCUAAUAAGGAGACAGACUCGCCUCCACCUUUAACCCGAAGUAACACUGCAAAUCGCUUAAUGAAAACACUAUCUAAACUAAACUUAUGUGUUGAAAAAACAGAGAAAGGAGAAGGUAGUACUCCUUCCCUGGCCGUUGACAAAGGAAAGAUCGUAAACAUUUCAGUGACGGAAGAAAGUGGCAAUAAGAACGAUCAGAAGUCUCAAAAAAUUGUGAAGAAGAAAGAGUCGUCUUCUAUGUUGGCUACAGUUAAAGAAGAAGUAUCAGGUGGUUCAGCAGCUUUUAUGGAGAAUUCUGACAUUGAUGGACUUUCUGAUGAAGCAAAUAGUAAUUUUAACCAUGCACCUGAAAGUGGACAAAGUAAAGAAACUCAAAGUCAUGAGAAUAAACUGGAUGAGGAAUCUGGUAUUCUGGAAUCUGAUUUAGGUAGUGAUUUCAACAUGUCCAGUCAUAGUGAGCUGGAAAAUGGCAGGGAGCUGAAGAAUGUCCCUUUGUCCACACCUGAAAAAGAGCCAUAUGCACCACUGAUGAUCCCAUCCAUAAGAAACAUAAUGGCACAGCAGAAGGACUCCUUUGAAAUGGAAGAGGUCCAAAGUACAGAGGGGGAAGCUCCUCAUGUUCCAGCCGCUUACCAGCUAGGUCUUAACAAGUCAAAAAGAGAUCAACUAUUACGUACUGCAAGUCAGCACUCUGAUAGCAGUGGUUUUGCUGAAGAUUCGACAGACUGCCUCUCGCUUAAUCAUCUUCAGGUUCAUGAGUCCUUGCAGGCCAUGGGGAGUAGUGCAGAUAGCUGCGACAGUGAGACAACAGUCACAUCUUUUGGUGAGGACCUUGUCACACCGACAGCACAAGACCAGCCUUACUUUAAUGAAUCAGAGGAGGAGUCUCUUACGUGCCCUCAGAUGGAAAGAGAAAAGGCAGCAGCAGUUGCUGAGAAAAGGUCAGAUGGCCAGGAUUCCCUCCAGUGCCAGACUGUUGAGAACAUAGGACAUCAGCAGUCCACCUGGAGUGCAGGGGAUCACGUUACUGAAAUUACUGGAAGGAAAGAGGAUGUGUCUCCAGCACAGCCUGUGGAAUUACUAAGGGAAGCAAGUGCUGAAAGUGAUGUGGAUAAAAGCAGUGAAUGUGAAUUUGUCCAGUAUACCACCCACCAUAUUCUUAAAUCAUUGGCUUCUAUUGAAGCUAAAUGCAGUGAGAAAGGGGCUGAAAAUACAACGGGGUCUCCCUCUUCUGUGGACAGAGUUAAUACAGCUUUACAAAGAGCGCAAAUGAAGGUUUGUAGUCUGUCUAAUCAAAGAGUGGGGCGUAGUCUGAUAAAGUCAAAAGAUCUGUUGAAACAGAGGUACCUGUUUGCAAAAGCUGGCUAUCCUCUAAGGAGGUCUCAGUCUUUACCAACCACCUUGCUGAGCCCCGUAAGGGUUGUGUCAUCUGUCAAUGUCCGGUUGUCCCCUGGAAAAGAGACCAGAUGCAGCCCACCAUCCUUCACCUACAAGUAUACACAGGAGGAGGAACAGAGACUAGAAGAAGAAGUGAUAGAGCACGAUGGUCAGUCUUCGGUCAGAUCCACUAUUUUCAUCUCUCCGACAUCUGGGAAGAAGGACGCCGCCGCCCCGAGCGAAGUGACCCGGCUGGAGGAGUGCCAUCAGUGGAGGACCCCGGCCUGUGCGCUCUCCGCUCAGUCCGCCUGCUCCCUUCACUCUCUGCACUCCGAGUGGCAGGAGAGGCCCCUGUGUGAACACACGAGGACUCUGAGCACUCACAGCGUUCCCAGCAUAGCAGGCGCUGCCUGCAGUGCCUUCCCGUCCGCUCUCGGAUGUCCUUACUCACACAGACACGCUGCCUCCCCUUACCGAGCGUGCUCUAUGAACCCCCCUUCUGCAAUCGAGAUGCAGUUGCGAAGAGUGUUGCAUGAUAUUAGAAAUUCACUGCAGAAUCUUUCACAGUACCCUAUGAUGAGAGGACCUGAUCUUGCUGCUGCUCCGUAUAGUACUCAGAAAUCAUCUGUUCUACCUCUUUAUGAAAAUACUUUUCAGGAGCUCCAAGUAAUGAGGCGGAGUCUGAAUUUGUUUAGAACGCAAAUGAUGGAUUUAGAAUUGGCAAUGCUGCGUCAGCAAACCAUGGUUUAUCAUCAUAUGACUGAGGAGGAAAGAUAUGAAGUUGAUCAGCUGCAGAGUUUGAGAAAUUCAGUCCGAAUGGAACUGCAGGACCUGGAGCUGCAGCUGGAGGAGCGCCUACUGGGGCUGGAGGAGCAGCUCCGCCCUGUGCACGUGCCUUCACCCUUCCGCCCCUCGGCACUCAUGGGAAUGUGUGGCAGUAGAAGCGCUGAUAACUUGUCAUGCCCUUCUCCAUUGAAUGUAAUGGAACCAGUCACUGAACUGAUGCGGGAACAGUCAUACCUAAAGUCUGAAUUGGGCCUGGGCCAUGGAGAAAUGGGAUUUGAAAUUCCUCCUGGAGAAAGCUCAGAAUCUGUUUUUUCCCAAGCAACAUCAGAGUCAUCUUCUGUAUGUUCUGGUCCCUCUCAUGCCAGUAGAAGAACUGGAGUACCUCCUAUUGACUCAGUGGGCAAACCCAAAACCCAUCUGGUACCAAGCAAGAAAUUAUUCCGAGCAUCAGUGGCCCUAACACCAACUGCUCCUUCUAGAACAGGAUCUGUGCAGACACCUCCAGAUGUGGAAGGUUCUGAGGAAGCUGGAGCAAUUGAAGAAACCUCAGAAGCUGUAGGACCUAAAUCUGAAGUGGAGGAAGAACAUGGAAAAGUCUCAUUAUUGCCAGCUGCUGAGGAAGUGCAUAAAAAUGUGGAGCAAGAUGAGUUACAGCAAGUCAUAAGGGAGAUUAAAGAGUCUAUUGUUGGGGAAAUCAGACGGGAAAUUGUAAGUGGACUUCUGGCAGCAGUAUCUUCCAGUAAAGCAUCCAAUUCUAAGCAAGAUAGUCACUAAUGGAAUUUAUAGGUUUGCGUGGGUCCUAUUAGCUGCGUGAUACUAGAGUUAUCAAGGAUAUACACUGGUGGGGAUGUCAUUUGUGCUUCAGAAGAUACUUGCUGCUGAGCUGGGCUACUGUAUACAAUGUUUAUUUCUUCUGUGCAUAUCUUUUCAAAAAACAUAGAAACAUAGGCACUUUGCUGACUUUAUUUCUUUUCUAAACUGUCAAAACCAUAGUCAUUUGAAAAGCCUAAUAUUUAUUUGUAUGUCAGUAUUUUCCAGUUGAUUGCCUAGGUAGAAUUAAUUUUAAAACUUGAAAACUUCCAAACUUAACCAACUUAUAAAUAACAUAUUUCUUCAGACUAGCUUCUUAAAACACUGACCUCUAUGAGGUAUUUACUGUGCAAUAACUGAUUCAUUUUUUGAGAGCUUGAAACAACCAAUGAUACUCCCUCCACUGCUGUUAAUUAGUGUCACUUCCAAGAAGAAAAAUUAUCCUGUUGUAAAAACUGCUUUUAAUUCUUGAGGAGGUUACUAAUAGCAGUAGGAUAGAAUUUAUGUUACCUAAAACUACUUAAUGUUCUUACACUGUAAGCAUUGUUAUUUUACCCAAGACAAUUGUAAUUUUAUUGUAGCUUAUGUAGUUUGGGGAUUUUUGUUUGUUUGUUUGUUUUUGGAAACAUGUCUUAUAUUAAACACUAUGUACUUUUUGCAUUGUCCAGACUUCUUUAUUAUAAGGACAUGUUUCUUCUUUUAGACUAAAUAGUAGAGUAUUGCCAAAAUAAUGGGGCCUGUGACUUGAAUGGAUAGAAAUGAAUAAGCUGGUUUUGUUUUUUCAUAAUGGAAGUAAUUUAGAUUUUUGUUUUCUCAUAAACAAAUUUUAAUUCAUUCUUAACCAGUGAGAACUGCUUGUUUUAUGGGGGGAGUGGGGGUGGGGGGGGAAGGAAGGUAGUUUCCUAUUUGGUUUUGUAUAUGUUAAAUAAAUGUGUAAAGUAACAACCAGAUGUUAUUAGAAUUAUUCUUUAGCAUUUAUAAUUUUCAACUCCUAUUAUAUUUCUUUGUGUGAAAUUUUAAUCAAAAGUGGUUGAGAGGUUAACAAUAUACUUCGAAAGAAUAUCUAAAAGGUUUUUUAAAUGUUUGAAUUAUCACAUCACACAAAGGCUGAUUUCUAAAAAAAAAAUUAAUAAAGUAUUUAUUUUGCCUAACA